AUGUUUAUGUCUAUGUUCAGCCACUUCGAUAUCUCACAGGGCAAACAAUGGAGCUUCUCCUUGGGUUUGGGCCCGGUAAAAGAUGGAAAUCCGAAGCCCAAUAAGGAAGCUACUUCCUCAUCCAAAGCGACCGUGAAAGAUGAUCCGAAAACAUUAAUGCCCGGUGGAGAUAAGAAAAACCCGACCCGUUUGAGAACAAGGUUUGCACCGGAGUUUGAUGGACUAAACUGCUUUGAAUGCAUUGUACCUUCUGCCUGA